AUGUUGCACAUUUUGAAUCUGUUUGAUAUGCUGGAGUCGUUGGAAUGCUUAUACGGAAGCAAAAUUCUAGUUUUCGGGGAUUUUAAUCAACCAGAGUUUUGCGAUGAAAGAAACAGGCAUGGUGAUGCUUUAUUCAGACUUGAUCAAUUCGCUGGUUUUUUCAACUUGGAGCAGUUCAAUUCCAUCCAUUACUGCUCGGGCAGACUUCUAGACCUGGUUUUCUCAAAUAUAGAUUGCAGUGUCCAUCGAGAAUUUAUAGAUCAGAUCCAUCUGCCUGAUAAUUAUGUUCUUAUCAGUCUGGACGUAGUGUCCCUCUUCAGCAACAUUCCUGUAGAGCUGGCAUUAACAGCCAUUGAACACAGAUGGCACUCCAUAAGUGAACACACGUCAAUCCCCAAAGACGACUUUCUUUCCAUCGUCAGCUUCUUAUUUAAUGCAAACUAUUUUAUCUUUGAGGGAAAAUUCUUCAGUCAAAUCCUAGGCUCUCCUAUGGGCUCAAAUGCCAGCUCACCCAUCGCAGAAUUAGUAAUGGAUUAUCUCUUGGACUGCAUCCUCCCUAGCAUCCACUUUACAAUACCCUUCAUCAAGAAAUACGUGGAUGAUCUAUUUUGUUCAGAACCGAGGGAUAAAACUGCCUACAUUUUGGAAAGAUUCAACCAAAAACACGAACACAUCAAGUUCGCACUCGAGGAAGAGUUCGAAAUGGGUGUCCCCUUUUUGGACACGAGGGUCAUCAGGAACACUGAGGGAGACUUGCGGCUGGACUGGUACAGGAAACCAACCCAUUCAGGAAGCUACCCUAAGGGCCUACUGACAAGAUUGUUAUACAAUUCCGCUCCCCCAGGACAGCCACUGGGUGGAGACGGCGCAUCCACCAAUAGAGGAGAAGUUAGUUCAACCAGAUACUCCACGAUUCCCCUAAUCAAGGACGUAACCAAUCCCCUCAUAAAAAUAUUAAAACACGACUCUGUCAAGAUAGUACCUAAGAAUAUUUUCAAGAUCGAUAGACUGUACAGCCACCUAAAAGACAAAAUUGAAGUCAAUAAAAUGAGUGGAGUGGUAUACCGUGUGCCCUGUUCAACUUGCGAAGAGGUCUACAUUGGCCAAACGUCGCAGACAGUAAAGAGACGAAUCACCCAGUACAUAAGUGACAUCAAGAACCCUGACAAAACCUGUACAUUGGCGGACCACAUCCGAAAAAAAGACCAUCGAAUGGACUACGGUGCCGUAGAAAUAUUAGAUUUCGAGAACAACACAAGAAAGAGAUGUUUUCUUGAAAUGUUCCACAUCAAGAGCCACAACAACUCUAUGAAUUAUAGAAGGGACAUCGAGGGUGUAAGCAAUAUAUACUCGUACCUGAUCAGUUUGAAGUAA